AUGUUGGGUAGCACCGCAGCGGCUGAAGUGGCUGGAUUGGAGGUUCGCGUUAUGCCCGAAAUAGGCCAUCGCUGGGGCUCCGCCAACACGCUGCGCGGCCGCGGGAAACGGCAAUGUGGCCAUGAGCAUUGGGCGGCCUGGUUGAUCCGGCUGGUGUUGUGGAGGAUCCACGUGAGUGAAUCGGAAAUGCACGCUAUGCGGGUGGAAGCCGGCAUGGACGAGCAAGUGCAUGAGCGUGAGCAUGGGGUCGGUCGGCGUGAAGGGCAGCUCAAACUGUCGGCCUGCAAGAACCAACUCACGUUGACACUGGCGUCGAUGUGGAAGGGCCUUGAAGUACUCCCGGUGUGUAAGAAGGGCCUCAUAGUAGACCAGGCCAAAAGGCUUGUGCUGGCAUGGGAGAAAGGUGGUGCAGGGGUCGACGAACUAGAGGACGAAGAAGAGGAUGACGAUCUCGGGCGUGAUCGGGAGCGGGAAGUCGCCGAGGCGGUAGCGCCGUUAGGCUUUAAAGAUCUGUUCGUUGGACUGAUCUGCGCGCUGGCACUGAAUUUGGCGCCUCCGGACUUGGAGGUCUCAAUUGACCACACAUUAGAGACUUUGGACAUGUGGCUUCAUGGAAGCAGCGACGCAGUGUUGAUGGGAAAGGAGCGUGUGAAAGGUGGAGGAGUGCCACCGUUGCUGGGAAGUCUUGGCGUCAUGGUCAGCGCAGUUGUUUUGCACCUUCAACAGGGUCUGCAGAAGUUUGAGAGAGGCAUGGAGCUUGUGAGAAGCACGUCCAUGCGUCAAGCUCAAGCUGCUUGUGGUUACGAAGUCAUGCGGCAAAUGCAUGCGAUUUUCAGCAUUGUCUCAAGAAUGGAAGCUAUUGCUGUGAGGGACGAAGCCCUGAAGCUGCCUACAAGAGCCCGAGCUUACAAGCGACCGCUUGAUGUGGUCCGGUUCUUGGAGGAUGAACUGGGCAAAGUGGACCAGAAGCUGCAUCGAUUUCCAGAGCUGAAGCCCGGAGCUUCAGACCGCCAGACCAUCCUUCUUCAAUCUGUCAACCCCGAGUGCCAGCAUUACGUUGUGUUGCACGGCAAGUCGGGAACUUGGGAGGAGCUUGUGACAAGCAUUCGUUUCUUUGAGGAACAGACCAGGCUUUGCGACGCUGGUGCUCUUCACGCUGUUGGCGAGAAGGGUUUGUGUUGGAACUGCGGCAGAGCUGGUCACUACAGUUGGCAGUGCCCGGACCCACCGAAGGGUGGCAAAGGGUGCCGGACCAGGCUCUUUGCAGGGGAGUCAGUAGCGAUGCCAGAGCGGGACGCAAGGCCGACCUGUUUCGCGGGCAAGGCGAGCGCAACUUUGCACUCGCGAGUGGGACCGAUGAUGCGCUAUGUAAACUUUACCAAGUCUUCUGGCCUUGAAGCUUUCCCUUUGACUGAGAGCGUUUUAUAUGUAUUCAUGGAUCAGUACUGUCGGACGGCGGCGGCAACCUUUGGGAGAAGCUUUCUUGAGUCAUUGAAUUUUGCUGUGCAUGUCUUGGGCCUCGACCUGCAUGUGACCAUCAGUGGCAGGAUACAAGGGGUGGCCAAGGCCAGGUACCUUGAGAAAAGGAAAGCUGUCCAGAAGCCGGCGCUUACAGCGCUGCGUGUGAAGACGCUUGAGAAGAUAGUGAUUGGAGCAACUAUUGAGAAAUACAGCGGCUUCGAUAGACAUUAUGCUGGAUUUUUCUGCUACACUUUGUACGCUCGGGCUCGGUUCUCCGAUGCCCAGGCCUCGGCUAACCUCCUGCUUGAUGUCACCGAGAGCGACGAUGGGCCUUAUGGGUUCCUGGAGGCCUCUGUUACGAGGUCCAAGACGUCGUACACUUUGGAAAGGAAAACAAGAUCCCUCCCCAUGGUCGCUCCUAUAAAUGGGCUGCUUGAUGAGUCUUGGGGGACUGCAUGGUGCAAGCUCAUGACGGAACAAGGGGUGAUUCUGCGGGAACUUUUGAGGCGCGAGCUCGGAGAUUCUGCGGAUAUCAGGAGCUGUGGAACGUUGAUCUUGAUUCCUCUGGUCGCUCCGGCAGUGGAACAUCAGCUUGCCGAGCUCCAGCAAGUGCGCGAACCGCAGAGUGUGAGGGCCAUUUUGGGUUACCGCAGUACUCACUGUGGUACGGAGUUGGUAUAUGCCAGGGACACGCUGAGCGGCCCAUUGCGGCAGCUUGGAUCCGUUGUCAGUGCGGUGGCAUUGGAUCACUUCAGGCCCGACAGCACGCGCUCGGGAUAUUUCCCUAGUCGCAAGGGCCGAGAAGAUUCCGGUUUUGACCCCAAUGCCCCGGAGCAAGAAGAGCUUGACAGUUCUUCCAGUGGAAGUGAGGAUGAAGAGGCUCCGGAUCACAAUGAGGUCGAGAAGGCCUGUGAUGCUCUGGCUUCCUGGGAGCCUCGUCCAGGUCUGCGUGAUAUGAUCGGCAAGGGACGGGCCUUGAGUUUCACGCGAGAUCGGCGAGAGGUCAAUGCUGUCUUCAGCGACAAGGUCAGAACCUCGGGCCUGUCGGCUGCUGACCAGUCUAAUGUGUUGGCUGGAUUGAAGAAUUUGAAACAGCUGGCAUUUGUCAGCUCCUACACUCCGGGGCAAGCCGAUGAGAAGCCUUUGAUUGCUGUUUUGGAUGCUCUAGUCAAAAGGGACACCAGCUCUGACUUAGCGGCUCAGGCGUGUUUCAGGGCUCUUUUCCAGCAGGCAUAUGCCAUUGUCACCACAGAGUUCAGGCAGGCCAUUGAGCGCACUGAGGACGCUCCCAGUCGGUCUCUCAGCGCGCCUGAGCGUGAGGAGCGCUACACUCGACAGGUGAAGAAGUUAACCGGGAUCAACAUUAAAGGCGAGACUGAACCAAGUCAGGCCUUAGUUGAUCUUUGCGUGAAUAUAUAUGAGUCAAACACCUUGCGCUACGUGGCCUGGGAGAAGAACUAUCUCCGAGCGUGCACGGAUGAGGAAACUGAGGCCACAAGCAUGGCUCUCCCGGAAGACAUUGAUCUUCUGGAAGAUGAUACCCAGGAGGCUAGUGUGGAGAAGCUUUCUCCUGAUGCUUCCUUGCGGAUGUCAGUUGCCAUACAAGACGCAGGGUUAGGUUUAGGGCGUUGCGUGAUUGACACGAAGCUUCCUUGGGAACUUCCGGGACUUGAUUUGGUUUUUGGUUCUCGUGCAAGCGUUCUUCCCAAAGCCAGUGAUGCCAUCUUGCCGCAGGCAGUGCCUUUUCCUGUCAGGGAAUCUGUUGAAGAGGCAUCCUCUUCGCGCGACUGUGCGCAUCGUGCCAAGAAGGCCAGAGCAAGCGUUACACUGGGAGCCUGCUUUCGAGAUGUUGUCAAUUUCAAUCUUGUGGAAACUGACGCUGCGCUUGAAGAAGUCAAAUGGACCCGAGCUUUAGAAAUGUGGCUAUUCGUGAUCAUGGAGGACUCCAGCUGUUCUGCGAUAGGAUCACGGAUUAGCAGGAAAAACGGAGCUGAUGCCAUGAAGUGCCUUCGUGAACUCUUCGGGAAGAAAGCAUCCAGUACCGUCGCAAAGCGUGGGAGUGCAAUGCAGAAGUUCGUUGUGUGGAUACACAAAGCUUGCCCAGGCGAGUGUGCCCUGCCUAUCACUUCAAAGCGUGUCGAUGAUUACAUUGAGCAACUACAGGAAGCUAAGGUCCGCCCUGGAUCUUUCACAAGCUUUACUGAAGCUGUCAAUUUCUCCGUGCAUGUCGUGGGCUUGCCUUUCGAUUGUGACGGAUCUCUUAGGAACCCUUUCUCAGGAAAGCAGUUGUUCAGUCCUUGGGCUCGUGGGGCUGUUGCGCUGGAGAUACAGAAGAAAGCAGAGAGGAGGCAGAGCGCUGUCCUAACCACUGACAGCGUUCUUUACCUUGAGGCUUUCUUGAGCGACGAAGAUGAAGAUUUAGUCGACCGUUACGCUGCCGGAUGCAUGGUCUUCAGCUUGUUCAGCCGCAGUCGCAUUAGUGAUCUCCGAAAGGUCAAGGAUUGGAUUUUGGAUUUUGAUUGUUUGCAAAGCCACGGGCAAGGUUUCCUUGAGUGCAGCACUCGCAGUCACAAGACUGAGAAGGAUGUCGCGGCCAUUGGUCUUGCCAUGCCCCUCGUUGCACCGGCUGUCGGCUUAGGUAAGGUGAGCUGGGCUGUUGCAUUCAGCAAGGUUGCUUCUGCAGUAGGUUUGGGGUUCGUAGGUCGGCCCGAGGGGCCUUUGCUGCCCGCUCCGGACGUUACCGGAGGAUGGUUGUCCAGGUCGGUGACCACCUCCGAAGCUGGCGCUUGGCUCUGCAAGAUUCUUGAUAAGGGAGGGCAGCCCUCCCAAGGGAUCACAGGUCACAGCUUGAAAAGCACCACACUGUCUUGGGCCUGUAAAUUUGGUUUCGAGAAGUAUUCCCGGUUACAACUUGGACACCAUGCCACUGGCGAAGGAACUUUGCACACCUACGGCCGAGACUACUUGGCGCCUGCCCUCAGGCGCUAUGAUCAAAUGUUGGCUGCAAUUCGUAACGGGACAUUCUUCCCAGACCUUACGCGCUCGGGUAGAGUGCGAGCCGAUGCACAAGUUCCGAAGGUGGAGGUCUCUGAUGAUGAAGUGCCUGACCCAGGGUUGACCAGCUUCGCAUCGGAAGGUUCUUUCGAGGCCAUUGGUGUAGCAUCCGCCGGAGAGAAGAGUGAUGAAGAUCAGGUUGCAGCACCCACUGACCAUGAGCUGUCCUCUUCGGACAGCAGUAGCUCGCAGGACGAAGUCGUUGCAGGCAGGGACCACCCCGACUUGGACAACGACGAGAUGGCUUGUGCAGUCGCCCGACACAGGUCGUUCAUCUUUGCGCACAAGGCAGUUCGACCGGAGUUUUUGCGUGUGGGCGGAAGUGACCGAUGGGACUACGUGGCCGAGACGUGCCGGCCGCAGACUUACACCCAACUUGAGCGCGCCUACAUGUUCCUGUGCUCAAGAGGGCCCAGUGAACGUGCACUGUGGCUGCGCCGAGAUGUGCCGGACGGAAUGAUGAAUAUGCGCUCCGUUGGGAAACACUGCUUCCUAAACUGCGUGCCUUCGUACGAGCCGGUGUUUCGGAAUAUCAUCUACCUUUCUAUAGCGCUGUGCCAUAACGAGUUUAGCUGUUUGAGCCGUGCCAGUGCCAUGACUUCUCUUUCCGAGAGCCGAGCUGCCUUCGAGGAUCGCGCGGCCGAGGUCGGAUUGACUGCUGACGACAUCGCGGCCCUCACUGGUUCCGGCAUCCACAGUCUAGCCCGACUAGCUUUUGCGGCAGUGCCGCCAGGGGCUACGCCUUCCAAUGAUCAGGUCCGCGAGCUUUUUGGAACUCGAGUAAUCAACGCUGGUGUCGUCGCUGCCACAAAGCGCCUGAUCUUUGAGGCACACACGAUGGUCGUUGCAGAUCUUAAGCAGAAAGUUGAAAAAGGGGAUGAUCCAACAUCCCAGCGACUGAAUCCUGCAGAGCGAGAAGCUCGCAUCACCAAGCAGCGGGCCCGGCUCACAGGGUUGACGCACCGUGGAGUGGAAGAGGUCGCAUUCGAGGCUUACAAUUUGGUGUACGGCAUGCUUCAACAAGACACGCUUGUGUACCAGCAUCCAAACAAGUUCACCACGCGUCAGCACGAACUUCAGCUUAAGAAGGCAGUGAAGGAGGUUUCGUUGGAUGGGAGUGGGUCAUUGACAGUGAGAGACAAGCCGCAGCAGGCCACAUGUGAUACCCACGGUGAGCUGGAGCUGGUUCAAGCGCUCCGCCGAAGGGCGCUCGCAUUCGACCUAGUCGGCUGCUGCUCUUACGAUGCAAUGAACAUGUAUCAUAGCCUGCUCAUCCAGCGAGUCCAGGACUCGCCGCCGCCUAACUACGCAAAGGUUAGUGUAGUUCAGGCACUCCGCGCUGACAGAGCGGCUUUCACAAGGAUCGCUGAGAAGGUGCGUAGUCUGAAGACAGGCGCGGAUGGGGUCCGACCAUUGGACCGUGCCUUCGAGAACAUUCUUGAUGACACACAUGUCAGCUUUCAUCUUCUGCCGCUUGCCAUUCCGGAAAAACCUAAGCACCCGCCGCCUCCGCUCAAAAGGAAGAUCGAGGAUCAGCAGCCCGAUGACAAAGGGAACAAGCCAGGUAAAAAGGGCAAAGGCACAGGGAAAGGUAAGAAAGGCGGGGCUAGGUUGCGUGUGCCGAAGGAGUUGAUUGGCAAGUGGAGCCAGAACAAAGAUGGUGAACGCUUGUGUUGGGCUUACAACAUGCAGUGCGGUUGUGCAGACGCCUCCCCAGGGAGCAUCACAAGAAAAGCGGCGCAUGAGGCCUUAGGGCCCCUGAGCUUCGGACUGGGAAGGAGCGAGUGUCUUUCCUUGGUUUGCUCAGGGGCCGGGAGGUUCACUGCGGCUCUUCGUGCAUGUGGAAUGAAAGAUUCUUUUGCUGUGGAUGCGCGGGUCGAGGGAGCUGUGUGUCCUAUUGUAUCACUGGACCUUAGCACUGCUGAGGGCCAAAAACACUUCCUUUCGCUUCUUAAUGAGCCUAAUCUGGUCUAUGUGCACAUGUCACCACCGUCUGGUACUGCCACUCGAGGUGCCGGGCUUCGUGAUGACUUGCAUCCGCAUGGGAUUCCUUCCUUGAGAGGUGCAGACAAAGUUCGGGUCAACCAGGCCAACCGCUUGUUCGAAUUUUGUGCUCGUGCCUGCAAGAUGAUGUACAUGCGAGGGAUUUUAUUUUCAGUUGAAGGGCCUCUUCAGUCAUUUUUGUGGGCCACCAAGUGGUGGCGAGAUUUCUUCACAGACGUACCAAUUUUCGCCACAACAUUGCACCAGUGCAUGUUUGGCCACUCCCGAAAGAAGGCGACCCUGUUGGUGCACACAUUGCCUGCCUUCCUUUGCCUACAACGCACUUGCGACGGCAAGCAUUCGCACGAUUCUUGGGAUUUUGCUAAGUCCUCUGCCGAGCUUAGUUAUCCUUGGGCCCUCGCACGAGAGAUGUCCACUUUGCUGCGAAAACAAUUGCUUGAUCUGGGAUGUGCCGAUGCGCCGCAAUCCUUGCAAGAGCUUGAUAACCUAGUAGCCGGAGCCCGCGUGUAUUCCGGAGUUCAGGCCAGCAAACGCGUCUUGCCGUUGGUCUCAGAGUUCAAAACCCGGGUCAUAGUUUCAGGUUGUUGCGAUCCCGCUUGUCUCAGUGGCCUUGAGCGCCGGAAAGUGCUAACGGAGGAGUGGACUCCCCCUGCCGGGUCCACUCUGUCGGUGGACCUGCUCUCCAUUCCUGCGGGGAGCAAGGUCCUUAGCAUCUCCACACAGGGGGUGCAGCCAGAUGCCGAAGGGGUGCAUAGUCAUCCUGAGGUUAGUCCCGUUUGGGUUCCUUUGCCGCCUGCUCCCUUUUGUCCUAAGCCUCAGGUAGGUUUAACGAGUUCGGGAGUGUUGGCGCAACCACCGCCUGCUGAUGCGCAGAAAUGUGAACAUCUAGCUUACGAAAUGAUGUCGCGCCGCCCGCCUGGUGAGCUCACGGCCGAUGACCUGUUCGAAGUCUUGUCACAGACACCCGAAGUCCUUCCAGCCAGGGCCCGAGGUAUCAAAACGGAGGACUCGCACCAGUGGUUCUCCGGAGGCUACAGCCAUGGUCCAAUGGUCGGUGUCCGAAACUCAACUCUGCGCUGCCCUUGGACCACCGCUUUGGCAUGCCGGUAUGUACGCGAGCAAGCUCCGUGGCACAGGUUUGGAGCGAUAGCAUUCACGGUGAACCUUCUGGCUGAGCCACAUGUGGAUGCUCAUAACGACCCUCACUCCAACAAUCUUGUGCUGCCUAUUACGUCGUUCAAACGAGGUGGCCUGUGGCUUGCUGACAAAGCAGGCAGCUCGCCAAGGACCAUAGACGGCACACGAGUGAUGGGCACGGUGCUUUCCUUUGACGGCGGGGGAAUUUGCUUCAACCCACGUGUGCCUCAUGCGACUGAGCGCUGGGAAGGAGAUCGUGCUGUGCUAGUUGCAUUCCUCCCGGGAGGUUUGGACGGGCUCGAGCAAUGUGACCGGGCGAUCCUGGACGAGCUCGGCUUCGUCACGUCUGCUUGUGCCACUACCCACGCAGCAUCUCAGCCCGUGAAGUUCACAGCUGAGUUUGGUGUCAGGUGGUCACCUGAGGAGUUCGUCGAGCAAGCGUGCAAUGUUGAACACCCCAGCAGUCUUUCGAACCUGCUCCCGGCAGAUCUUGAAACCGCUGUUCGUAAAAACUUUGAGUUGGGCGAGCACGAAUUGGGACAACAUCGGACCGAGCUGAUCAGAAAGUGGAUUGCACGGGCGAACUCCCUCGUUGGUGAAGAGGAUGCGCUGCGAAAGGGAAUGUCCGAUAACCGGCGGCACAUCCUUGCACAAAAACGCUUGAUCCUGUUCAGGACUCUUCUUGAGGAUGCCGAGCACGCCGACCAAGGCCUCUUCAACGACUUAGUGCAAGGGUUCGACCUAGUUGGUAAGUUGCCUGAAAGUGGAUUCUUCAAGAAGAAAUUCAGACCAGCCAGCAUGCUCGAAGCAGACUUGCGACAAGGUGCUGUUCGUGCAAGGGAAGCCACUCUGGCGACUGUUGGGCCAGCGGAUGAUCCUGUCAUCGACGAAGGUGUGCUGCAAGCGACCCUUAAGGAAGUAGACGCCGGUGUAGUCGAGGGGCCCAUAGACCCUAGCACGCUUCCGGAGGGAGCCACGUUGACCCGCCGUUUUGGUGUGGUUCAGGGAGAGGUUGAUGGCACGCCCAAGGUGCGGCCAAUAGAUAAUUAUAGGGCCUCUAGAGUUAAUGCUGCAGUGACGCAAUCGGAGCAAGUCACGGUCCACACUCUUGACGUGGUGGCGGGCAUGAUUUCGUCUUGGCUAGCCCGUGCCAAGGCCCAUCGUGUCCGGUCUGCGAUGAAUGCCAAAACGUGGGACCUUAAGGCUGCGUAUAAACAAUUGCCUCUCAGUGACGCCGCAUUUGAUCGAGACUCCUACUUCGUGAUCUACGACCCAAGGAGCCAGAAGCCCGCUGUGUUCAAACAGCGAGCUCUCCCCUUCGGAUCGCGAGCUUCAGUUACGGCGUUCAUCAGAAGCGCAGUGGCCGUCUGGACAGUAGCAGUCAAGUUGCUGUUCCUAGUUUGGUCCGUCUAUUUUGACGAUUACCUUAGCAUCGCCCGCAGCAGCGAAGCCAAGCACGUCGACCUGGUAAUCAGUGUGUAUUUUAGGCUCCUUGGGUGGAAGGUUUCCACCGAUAAGCUGCUCCCCUAUUCCACUUGCUGUAAGGUGUUGGGGAUUGAGCUUGAUGUGGGAAACGCCAUUCGGGGUUACGCCUUGUUGAAGAAUACCCUGAAACGCCGAAACGAAAUCGUUGCUUCUCUUGAAGAGGUGCUCGCUCGGGGCAGCAUUGAUUCGACCACGCUUGAAAAACUUCGAGGGCGAGCCCAGUUCGCAAGUGGCCAGUUGUUCGGCAGACUGGCGCGGCAGGCACUUCACUGCUUGUCGGACAAGCCUUCGAAGAGCUUCUGUGUGUCCGAGCGCUUCAGGUGGGGUGCCACUCACCUUGUAGAGCUCUUGCAGAGUGGUGUGCACGGAGCGUUCGUGAAGUGCUGGUCAGAAAACCCAGUAGGCAGUGCGAUGGCUUUCUUGGCAGCCAAGCGUGAGUUUGACUUACAGGCUUUCUUUUACUACGACCGUGUGCCGUCGCACAGCAACCCAGCUGAUGCGCCUUCUCGAGGUGUGUACUCAAUGGGCCAGGAUCUCCGUGCCGAAUGUUCGGCAGACGUUCUGACGGAGACUCUUAAGUGCUCCAACGUGGUUUCACAGAGAAAGUGCUCUCGCUGGAACGGUAAGACCUUGAAGCCUGAGUCGAAGGCUCCGGAUGACAAGUGUCAGGUCGAUUCCGAAGUGCAUCUUCUUCAGGCUUUGCAGCGCAGAGCCCUUGCCCUGGACCAAGCCAAUAUUGUCGACUAUGCUGUCAUUGAUGUCUGGCAUCAGAAGUUGCUUAGGGCGCGGAUGCAGGAGGUGCCGGCAGGGCAUGUCCGACCCAGCUUCAAGCAGCUCUUGCGGGCCGAUCAAAAGCUUUUUUCGGAGUUGCAGGACCGUUGUCGUGCCGGAAUCCAAGCCACGUCGGCUGGCCGUCCCUUGGAUGGCCUGGUUCCGUUGGUGAUGGAUUUGAGCGAUGUGGCAGUCCUAUUGCAAUCCUUGCCUGGAAAUGCUUCUUCCUCUUCUGAUGUGCGUCCGGGUCCUUGGGUCUCCCGCGAAAGGCCGGGCCCAUACACUCGAGAGGGUAAAGGCCGAGGCAAAGCGGGGAAAGGACGGGCCAAGGGGAAGGGCGUGUUGCCUAAGCCGCUUGCGGGCUGCUACAGUUCGACCGGCCCUGAAAAGGCGCAACGGAGUGACAGCCGUCACGAGCAUUGA